ACACCCACAAUUGCUGACCUUUCCCCCGUGUCUCCACUCACUACGUUGAUCACCUAUCUUCUUCAGUCACUGCUACAUUGCUAUAGUUCGGCCCUUCCACCUAUAGAGGCGGCGAAGGGGGGCAGAGGCUGUGAGGAGCCAUGGGAGGAGACAUGGUGAAAUAUGGAAUCAUAGGAGUUGGGAUGAUGGGAAGGGAACACCUAUUGAACUUAGCCCAUCUCCGAUCUCAAGGUGUCGCCGUCGUCUGUAUUGCUGACCCUCACCUUCCUUCCCAGGAAUUUGCCCUCAACUUGGCUCAAUCCUUCAAUUGGUCACCCAAGGUGUUCUCAGGACACCAGGAACUACUGGAUAGUGGGGUCUGUGAUGUAGUUAUUGUCUCAACUCCAAACAUGACCCACUAUCAAAUCCUCAUGGAUAUCAUCAACCAUCCAAAACCCCAUCAUGUUCUUGUGGAGAAGCCCCUGUGUACCACUGUCAAGGACUGCAAAAAGGUCAUAGAUGCUGCUAAAAUGAGGCCAGAGAUACUGGUUCAAGUAGGCUUAGAGUACAGGUACAUGCCACCAGUUGCUAAACUGAUAGAGGUAGUUAAGGGUGGAGCAGUUGGACAAGUGAAAAUGGUGGCAAUUCGCGAGCAUCGGUUUCCUUUCCUGGUUAAGGUGAAUGAUUGGAACCGGUUCAUCAACAGUGGGGGGACUCUUAUAGAGAAGUGUUGUCACUUCUUUGAUCUAAUGAGGCUGUUUGUUGGUAUAGAUGUUAAUCACAAGGAUGAAAUUUAUGAUGGAAAGGUACCCGAUAUCAUUGAUAAUGCAUUUGUUAUCGUAGAAUUUGAUAAUGGUUCUCGAGGCAUGCUUGAUCUUUGCAUGUUUGCUGAAGGGAGUAAAAAUGAGCAAGAAAUUUCUGUGGUUGGUGAUAUUGGGAAGGGUGAGGCAUUUGUCCCUGAGAAUGUCGUGCGUGUGGGCACUCGAACAGAAGGAAGGGUUGGAGUCCAAACUUUAAAAGCCGAGGAUAAACGGAUAAAAUAUGAGGGAUUGCAUCAUGGCUCAAGUUAUUUGGAACAUGUCAACUUCUUGGCUGCAGUUAGAGAUCAAGGCGUCCGAGCACCUGCAGUAGGUUUGCAGGAUGGGUUGCUCUCAGUUUCCAUGGGAGUUGCAGCGCAGCUUUCAAUUGAGUAUGGCCGUUUUGUGACAAUUGAAGAAGUUAUAAAUGAUCAGAAAAAUUACGGUCUCCAAUUGAAUAAUGGGGUUUUAUAAGCAAACAGCAUAGGGCAGAGCACUAAUAAGGGGUGGCAGAAUGGUUUCAUAAAUAGAUGGCUGGCAGAAUGGUUUCAUAAAUAGAUGGCUGAAAGGUCAUUUCAUGUGAGGAGGGACAGAGAGAGAGAGAGAGAGAGCGCGCAUUUGGUUCAGAGAACAUUUUCUCUUAAAUAAAUUUGUUUCAUGUGCAACUUUUCUAUAUUCAUUCUUCUUUUCAGUAAAGCUUCGGAAUCCUUCCUGCAAUC